AUGGAGGCCCAGUCCCACAGUUCCACGACCACUGAGAAGAAGAAAGUUGAGAAUUCUAUUGUGAAAUGCUCCUCUCGAACAGAUGUCAGUGAGAAGGCAGUCGCCUCCAGCACCACCUCCAAUGAGGAUGAAGGUCCUGGACAGACCUAUCACAGAGAGAGGAGAAACGCAGUCGCUAUGCAGCCGCAGAGCGUCCAGGGCCUCAGCAAGAUCAGCGAGGAGCCUUCAACAUCCAGCGAUGAGAGGGCCUCGCUGAUCAAGAAGGAGAUCCAUGGGUCCAUCCCGCACCUGGCCGAGCCCUCUGUCCCUUACCGUGGGACAGUGUUUGCCAUGGACCCCAGGAACGGGUACAUGGAGCCCCACUACCACCCACCUCAUAUUUUUCCUACAUUCCAUCCACCUGUACCAAUUGAUGCGAGACAUCAUGAGGGGCGUUACCAUUAUGAUCCAUCUCCUAUCCCUCCGUUGCACGUGCCUUCUGCUUUAUCUAGUAGCCCAACAUACUCGGACCUCCCCUUCAUUAGGAUCUCCCCCCACCGGAACCCCACUGCAGCUUCUGAGUCCCCCUUCACGCCGCCACACCCCUACAUCAACCCCUACAUGGACUACAUCCGGUCUCUGCACAGCAGCCCAUCCCUAUCCAUGAUCUCCGCAGCACGAGGGCUGAGCCCCACUGAUGCCCCACAUGCAGGAGUCAGCCCUGCAGAGUACUAUCACCAGAUGGCUUUGCUGACGGGUCAGCGCAGCCCCUAUGCGGACAUCAUUCCAUCAGCUGCCACCACUGGAGCCGGGGCCAUCCACAUGGAGUACCUCCACGCCAUGGAUAGCUCAAGAUUCCCCAGCCCCAGGCUGUCAGCAAGGCCAAGCCGGAAGCGUACCCUGUCCUUAUCACCACUGUCCGAUCAUAGCUUUGACCUUCAGACCAUGAUAAGGACAUCUCCCAACUCCUUGGUCACAAUUCUCAAUAAUUCCCGUAGCAGCUCUUCAGCAAGUGGCUCCUAUGGUCACUUAUCGGCAAGUGCAAUCAGCCCUGCCUUGAGCUUCACCUACCCUUCUGCACCUGUUUCUCUCCAUAUGCAUCAACAAAUCUUAAGUCGACAGCAAACCUUGAGCUCGGCCUUUGGACAUAGUCCUCCACUCAUCCACCCUGCUCCAACAUUUCCAACACAGAGGCCUAUUCCAGGAAUCCCUACUGUUCUGAAUCCUGUCCAGGUCAGCUCUGGCCCAUCAGAGUCCUCACAGCACAAACCUACAAGUGAGUCAGCUGUGAGCAGCACUGGAGACCCUAUGCACAACAAGAGGUCCAAGAUCAAACCCGAUGAAGAGCUUCCCAGCCCAGGUGCCCAGAGUCAGCAGGAACAGCCAGAAGGAACAACCCUGGUAAAGGAGGAAGGGGACAAAGAUGAAAGCAAGCAGGAGCCUGAAGUAAUCUAUGAGACAAACUGCCACUGGGAAGGCUGCACCAGGGAGUUUGACACCCAGGAGCAGCUGGUGCAUCAUAUUAAUAAUGACCACAUCCACGGAGAGAAGAAGGAGUUUGUGUGCCGGUGGCUGGAUUGCUCCAGGGAGCAGAAGCCUUUCAAAGCCCAGUAUAUGCUGGUAGUUCACAUGAGAAGACACACGGGGGAGAAGCCUCACAAGUGCACUUUUGAAGGUUGCACAAAGGCCUACUCACGACUAGAAAACUUGAAAACCCACUUGAGAUCUCACACUGGAGAGAAACCAUAUGUCUGUGAGCAUGAAGGUUGCAACAAGGCCUUCUCAAACGCCUCUGAUCGCGCCAAGCAUCAAAACAGAACACAUUCUAACGAGAAACCCUAUGUUUGCAAGAUCCCAGGCUGCACUAAGCGCUAUACAGACCCCAGCUCCCUCCGCAAACACGUGAAGACAGUGCACGGUCCAGAGGCUCACGUCACCAAGAAGCAGCGUGGAGACAUACACCCUCGGCCCCCACCACCGCGUGACUUCGGCAGCCAUUCUCAGGCCAGGUCACCUGGCCAGCAGACUCAGGGAGCCCUUGGUGAGCAGAAGGACCUUAGCAACGCUACCUCAAAGCGAGAAGAAUGCCUCCAAGUGAAAACUGUCAAGGCUGAGAAGCCCAUGACAUCUCAGCCAAGCCCUGGUGGUCAGUCUACAUGCAGCAGCCAACAGUCCCCCGUCAGCAACUAUUCCAACAGUGGGCUCGAGCUUCAUCUGACUGAUGGAGGGAGCAUAGCCGACCUCAGUGCCAUUGAUGAGACCCCAAUCAUGGACUCAACCAUCUCCACCGCAACCACAGCCCUUGCUUUGCAAGCCAGGAGAAAUGCCACAGGGACCAAAUGGAUGGAGCAUGUGAAAUUGGAAAGGCUAAAACAAGUUAACGGAAUGCUUCCGCGACUGAACCCCGUUCCACCUCCCAAAGCCCCUGCAGUCUCUCCUCUCAUAGGAAACAGCACACAGUCCACUAACAGCUGUAACUUGGGUGGGUCCCUGACUCUUCUUCCGAACAGAAGCGACCUGUCCGGAGUAGACAUCACCAUGUUGAACAUGCUCAACCGCAGGGACAGCAGUGCUAGCACCAUCAGCUCCGCUUACCUGAGCAGUCGUCGAUCAUCUGGUAUCUCCCCCUGCUUUUCCAGCCGGAGGUCCAGUGAGGCAUCCCAGGCCGAUGGGCGGCCCCAGAAUGUGAGUGUGGCUGACUCCUACGACCCCAUCUCCACAGAUGCUUCCCGCAGGUCCAGUGAGGCCAGCCAGUGUGAUGGGCUGCCCAGCUUGCUGAGCCUCACGCCCGCCCAGCAGUACCGCCUGAAGGCCAAGUAUGCAGCAGCCACUGGGGGACCCCCGCCCACACCCCUGCCCAACAUGGAGAGGAUGAGCCUGAAGACAAGAAUGGCCCUGUUGGGGGACAGCAGGGAGACUGGUGUGUCCCUGCCUCCUGUCAACCCUCCACGAAGAUGCAGUGAUGGAGGCACUCACAGCUAUGGCCGGCGCCACCUGCUGCCACGAGAUGCGCUGGGAAACAGUGUGAGAAGAGCAAGUGACCCGGUGAGGACGGCCUCCGAACACCUGGCCCUGCCCAGGGUCCCACGUAUCAGCAGUCUCAACAGCUUCAGCCCUCCCAUGCUGCCCCCCUCCACGGAGAAGCGCAGCUUAGUGCUCCAGAACUAUACACGGCCCGAGGGCAGUCAGUUCCGUAACUUCUACUCGUCUCCCUGUCCUCCAAGCAUCAGCGAGAAUGUCACCCUGGAGUCCCUGAGCAUGGAUGCAGAUGCCAACCUGAGCGACAAUGACUUGCUGCCCGAUGAUGUGGUGCAGUAUCUGAAUUCUCAGAACCAAGCCGGGUAUGAGCAGCACUUCCAGGGCAGCAUCCUGGAGGACAACAGAGCUCCCAAUGUGGCCAGCUUGGGAGGUGAAUUUGACUCCCCGGGGCUGCCAGACAGCCAUGUAGGCCAGUCCUACAGGCCUCUUGAGCAGCCCUGUGCAGAUGCCAGCAAAACAGACCUGCCCAUCCAGUGGAACGAAGUCAGCUCUGGGAGCGCCGACCUUUCCUCGUCGAAGCCGAAAUGUGGCCAGCGUGCCACAGUGCAGCAGGCUCGAGCCUUUGGACUGUAUAACAACAUGGUGGUCCACCAGCCAAACCCACUGAGAAAUGGGACUGGCCCCGCCGGGGGUUAUUCCACCCUUGGGGAGAGCAGCAGCACCUACGAUGGCCCAGAGCACUUGAUGUUGCACGGCAGUGGUGGCUCUGGGCCUGGCGGGAAAGCCUUCCAUGAACAGUCUUGCAAGGCUCCACAGUAUGGGAGCUGUCUAAACAGGCAGCCAGUCAUCCCCAGUUUGCUGGACGGUGCGUUCAGCUCUGGGAUUCAAGGAUCAAAGCUGAAAAGUGCCACAGUGCAAGUGAAUGGAAGCCAGGCAGAUUUUGGCAUGGCUGUUGUGCCUGGUGAGUCAACUGGCAGCACCAUAACUGCCAUGCAGAACCAAGAGUUGAUGGGGCAGGGGUUCCUAGCUCCUGCACUACUGGGAGACAGCAUGCAGCUGCAAGAGGGAGGCCACCCUGGCCAGGGGAUGCUGGGGCAGUUAAGCGCUACCUCACUACUCAACAACUAUCCAGGGCCAGAGAGUUGUCUUUCGGGGCCACACAACCUCGGUAUGCAGCCCUCCACUGGGGCAGUAAGCAGGGGCUACCAGCAGUGCACCAGCUACGGGAGCAGCCGGCGCCAAGUGGGGCCCAGGGGGAGCCUUGCUCUACAGCAAGGGCAGCUCAGUGACACAAGUCAGACCUGCAGGGUAAAUGGCAUAAAGAUGGAAAUGCAGCCCCCUCCCCAACAGCUCUGUGCCAACAUGCAGAAUUACUCUGGUCAGUUCUAUGACCAAACCAUGGGCUUCAGUCAGCAAGAAGCCACUUGCCUGCUCCAGGGGGCCGGCACUGAAAACUCCGAGUUACUUUCCCCAGGUGCUAACCAGGUGACGAGCACAGUGGAUAGCCUCGACAGCCAUGAUCUCGAGGGGGUGCAGAUUGAUUUUGAUGCCAUAAUGGAUGAUGGGGACCAUGCCAGCCUGCUGUCAGGGGCCUUGAGCCCAACCAUUCUUCAGAACCUUUCCCAUAGCUCCUCCCGCCUCACCACCCCCCGGGCUGCACGCCCCUUCCCGGCGCUGCCUAUGAGCACCACCAACAUGGCCAUUGGGGACAUGAGCUCCUUGCUCACCUCCCUGGCAGAAGAAAGCAAGUUCCUCGCAGUUAUGCAGUAG